CCGUGACAUGAUUUGAUUGGUUUGAAGUCAAAGAAUAACAGCUAUAGCUCUGUAUAUAGCCAGAAACAAUUUGUAACUCUGUAGUUUUAAAAUCUGAAUAUGUGGAUCUUUGGGUGGAAAGGGCCAUCUGGGUUCUCUGCCAGUUCCACAGCUGAGCAAGUUACACAGGGGAUUGAUGGCACUGGUCUCACUGCUAUUGUCACUGGAGCAUCAAGUGGUCUUGGUGUAGAGACAGCACGUGUUCUUGCUUUGCGAGGUGUACAUGUAGUUAUGGCAGUAAGAAAUGUGGAUGCUGGUAAGAGUGUCAAAGAAGCGAUACUUAAAGAAAUCCCAGAUGCCAAGAUUGAUGUUAUGCAGUUGGAUCUCAGCUCAAUGGCAUCAGUCAGGAAAUUUGCAUCUGAAUAUAUUUCCUCGGGUCUUCCGCUUAAUCUCCUUAUUAACAAUGCUGGCAUUAUGGCAACACCUUUUGCACUUUCCCAAGAUGGCAUAGAAAUACAGUUUGCAACAAACCAAGUUGGCCAUUUUCUUCUAACUGACCUUUUGUUGGAGAGCAUGAAGAAAACAGCACACGAAAGCAAUCGAGAGGGAAGAAUUAUUAACUUAUCGUCAGAAGCUCACCGUGCUGCAUAUGAGGAAGGAAUUCGUUUUGAUAAACUCAAUGACGAAUUGGGAUACGGAAGUAUACGUGCUUAUGGACAAUCGAAGCUGGCUAACAUUUUGCACGCCAAUGAGCUUGCAAGACGCCUCAAGGAAGAUGGAGUAAAUAUAACUGCUAAUUCACUUCAUCCCGGAGGAAUUGCUACAAAUAUUUUGCGGUAUCACAGUUUUUUCAAUGGAUUUGUCUCUCUGGUUGGUAAAUAUUUUCUCAAAAACAUCCCACAGGGAGCAGCCACUACAUGCUACGUAGCUUUGAAUCCGCAGGUUAAUGGGGUAACUGGACAAUAUUUUGCGGACAGUAACAUAGCCAAUCCAAGUUCUCAGGCUAAAGAUUCAGAAUUAGCCACAAAAUUGUGGGAUUUCAGCUUGACAUUGAUAAAUUCUAAGUAGCUAAGUUCAAGCCUCCUAUGUAUGCAACUUGUUUUGUUACUCAGUUUGUAUGUUGUGAACUAUUCUUGGGGAUUUUCUUGGUUUGAACAUUACUUGUGAACUGUUCUUAGCCUAGAACCAUGAUGUGAGAAUGUUUGUUAGUAAAAAAUAAUUAUAGAAUAUUGUAACGUUAAUAGUAAA